UGUUCCGACCUUUGUUUGAGUGUGACUGUCAUCAUGGGAUCGAUCACGAGCUCCAUUGCUGAGAACAUGAAAUCCGCUAUGCAAGAAACGAUGGACAAACAGCAACAGGUUAUGGUCGAGAAUCAACGGAAGAUGGCAGAACGGCAACUGCAGAUGCAGAACGAAAUGCGUAUUAGGAUGUUUGCGACCCAAUUGGCAGCAGCAAGAGAGCGACUGUACUGGUAUGGAGCUUUCUACGGUUUGGCAGCCGCCGGAAUGUUGGCAGGUUUUGCCAAGCGCCGCAACCCUACCAUACUGAUACCCUUUCUACCUCUCACGUUUGUUGUUGGCUACCAGGCUGAUUUUGCUUAUGGGUCAAAGAUUGGCAGGAUUAGAGCGAUGGCUGAGGAGACCAUGGAAAAAGAGAUGGGGUUGCUUGCUCUCCCCACUGGCCUACCAACUAUUGAUAAUAUUGACAAGAAAAUUGAAAUGACAAAAUCAAAGAUGUGACAUGGAGACUAAAAUUUUAACUUAUUAACUACAUUAUAUCACUCUGAUUGUAUGGAAUUAAUUAAAAUUCACUAGGUACAUCAGUGACAUCACAGCCGUUGAGCAUAAAUCGACCAUUGCAGUGGAAUCAGUUAAUAGAUAUAAACAAGGCAAACUGGAAUCAAAUACA